AUGGUUACCCGCAGAGACUGCAGGAGAAGCGGACACGGACGCGGGCUAAAUGAUUUCGUAGAGAAUCCCAAGUUUCGCGCAACCAUGCACGAGGCAAUCCAAACCGGGUUACGAGAAAACCGCAACCUUCCAGCGCUAGGCAGAAUAGGUAACCCGGAUGAUAUCAUCGCCUCUGUAUUAGUGCGGGAUAGCAAAGUGAGCUUUGGUGACAUUCUUCCCGACACGUACCAGCCCAUGCCAUCUUAUCGCCUUUGUACUUCUGAUGGCCCGACCCUUCUUACAGAGGGCCUUGCAGUCAAGUUGAAGCUGGUGCUAGAGGGCGCCAUCGCCCGAGAAGCAGCCCAGUGA